CCAAGCACCACUCCCAUGGAAAGAGAAGGGGAAAGGAGAGAGAGAGAGAGAGGAGAGCAACAUGCAGGGACAAAAUGGUCAUUGCCCGCUCGAUGCGCCCGUUGUGGGUCGUGAAUCGUAAUCAGUGGGCGAGGACGAGGGACGAUCACCACUUGGAAGCUCGGAGCAGAGGCGCGCUUCCAUUUUUCCAAGAGUCGUAGAGCAGAAGCGAGAGAACGCUUCUUCCUCUCGGCGAAUUCAUCCAUUGUCUUUUUCAGAAAAUCCCAAGCGGGCGUUCCUCUUAGUUGUAAUCGCCACCUUCGUCCUCCAUAAAGCCGCCACCUUCGGCUUCCUCUGUUUCGUCUUCUUCUUCUUCAUGCGCUCGCGAGUGCUUUCUUUCUUCUUUUUCUCUUCUUGAACACCAUCUCCAGCUUCUUGGAGUCAGCACUACCGGGAGAGGAACAAGAUGGGGUUCUUGAGUACCAUCUUUGGAAUUCUUGGAUUUGCGAUCGGCCUCCCUCUUGGCCUCGUCGUGGGGUUUUAUCUCUUUGUUUAUUCUCAGCCUAAGGAUGUCAAGGAACCGGUUAUUAAGCCCCUGCACGAGUUGGAUACACGUGCCUUGCAGGAGAUAUUACCGGAGAUUCCUCUAUGGAUCAAGAGUCCGGACUAUGAUAGGGUCGACUGGUUGAACAAGUUCGUGUUGGACAUGUGGCCGUACCUUGAUAAGGCAAUUUGUUGCAAUAUAAGAAGCACGGCGGAACCUAUGUUUGCGGAGUACAUUGGAAAGUACAAAAUUGAAGCUAUUGAGUUUGAGAAGUUAAGUCUUGGAACUCUUCCGCCCACAGUUCACGGAAUGAAAGUUUAUGAGACUAACGAGAAAGAACUAGUGAUGGAACCAGUCAUUAGGUGGGCAGGCAAUCCCAACAUAAUCUUGUGCUUGAGAGUUUUGUCUCUGCAUAUCAAAAUCCAGUUGGUUGAUUUGCAAAUAUUUAUGGCUCCGAGGAUCAAACUGAAGCCCCUAGUCCCUACUUUCCCUUGUUUCGCAAAUAUCGUGAUAUCAUUGAUGGAGAAGCCACACGUGGAUUUUGGAAUGAAAUUUUUAGGAGGGGACAUUAUGUCGAUUCCUGGCUUGUACAGAUUUGUUCAGGAGACGAUCAAGAAACAGAUUGCGAAUAUGUAUCUCUGGCCCCAUACAUUUGAAAUACCGAUUCUUGAUUCUUCGACAGUGGCUGCAACACAACCAGUAGGAAUACUGCACGUGAAGGUUGUCCGCGCUACAAAGCUCUUGAAAAUGGACUUUUUGGGGGCGUCAGACCCAUAUGUCAAACUCAAACUGAGCGGAGACACACUUCCAGCGAAGAAGACCACCAUCAUAAGGAAGAACUUGAAUCCCGUAUGGAACGAGAACUUCAAGCUUAUCGUGAAGGAUCCAGAGUCUCAGAUUUUGCAUUUCCAAGUCUAUGACUGGGACAAGGUAGGUGCGCACGACAGACUGGGGAUGCAACUAGUUCCUCUGAACUUGCUUAAGCCCCAAGAGAAAAAGGAGUUUGUUCUUGACUUGUUGAAGCACACAGAUAUUAGUGAUCACCAGGAUAAGAAAAGAAGAGGCCAGCUGGUGGUGGAACUAACCUUUGUUCCUUUCAAGGAAGAAGGUGGAAGCUUUGAUGGACUUCCCAAUGGCUACGGAAGAAUCGAAAGUGGAGUUAAUAAAGGGUCCAAUGACAACGCUCUAAGUGGAGCGGGCUUACUUUCGGUUAUUGUUCAAGGAGCCGAGGACGUAGAAGGGGAGAGGCACAAUAAUCCUUACGCGUUAGUGAUUUUCAGAGGAGAGAAGAAAAAAACAAAGAUGCUGAGGAAGACUCGCAAUCCUCUCUGGAAUGAAGAAUUCCAAUUCAUGCUCGAUGAGCCUCCUUUGCAGGAGAAGAUCCACAUCGCAGUAAUGAGCAAGCGAACUGGCAUUAGCUUCUGGUCGAAGGAAUCUCUAGGCCACGUGCAAAUCAAUCUCAACGAUGUCGUGCACAACGGACGGAUCAAUGAGAAAUAUCACUUGAUCGAUUCGAGGAACGGGGUGAUACAUGUCGAGAUACGGUGGACAACAGUGUAAUUGACUGCUGUAUACAAUGCAGAACUGCUGAUUACCAUGAGUACACGCGGGUUUUUCCCCUUUUUUUUUUUUUGGCAUCUAGGAUAUACAGGCUUAGGCAAUGGAAGAAAAAAAUAACUCUGUUAGGUCAAAAGUUUUGAGCCAUCUUACCCUGUAAAUAAUACAAAUUGGGUCCCCUCUUAAUCGAAAUUUUGAGCAAUGUCGAUUAAUUGUUCCAAUGAGAUUGCCGCAGAUUCUGAA